AUGGCCGCCUCGCCGCGCGCGGAGCUGGCGGCCUCCAGUGUCCAAGCCCCGGUAAAUCCCAACACCCCAACGCGGGCCGCCCAGGACGAGGACCCAGACUCUAGGCUUAUAGGCUUAGAGGAUCUGGCGGCCGUGGUGGCGGCCUUGGAGGAAGAGGAGGAGGAGGAACAGGAAGAUGAGAAGGCAGUGCAGCGGUCGCGGGCGAUGACUGACUUUAACAUCAUUUCCGGGGUGAAUAACCUAACAUAUAUGAACUAUGAGGACCCUGUGGACUUUUCUGAUAUUUUCCACUCUAAUGAAGAAUAUUUCAGGAAACUAGAAGAGCUGAAGACUGCCCACAUGGAAACUAUGGCAAAGUUAGAGAAAAUGUACCAGAAUAAAUUAAAUUUAAAGAAAGUGCAGCCAGUGAUCAUCAGGGAUGAAGCUUCUAGUGUCUCUUCCAUGUGUGUAUCAGAAAAGAACUAUCACCCUAUCUCGUUAAUCACAUCACUUUCAGAACCUGAUUUAGGUCAUUCUUCCUCCUUGAUUGUGUCUUCCUCUGAAGAUGAGCUGCCCAACUUAGAAAAAGACUAUCCUGAGAAAAGCAGAAUGAUGACCUAUGCUAAGGAGCUCAUCAACAACAUGUGGACCAACUUUUCUGUUAAAGAUUACAUUCAGUGUGAAGGUGCUGACUUCCCAGCAAUUAAAAAAACAGGGAAGAAAUCAAAAGAAUGGGUGCCAAAGAUUACAGUACCUGAGCCUUUUCAAAUGAUGAUUAGAGAACAGAAGAAAAAAGAAGAGAACAUGAAAUAUAAAUCAGAUAUUGAAAUGGCACACAAACUGCUCAAAAAACAAGAAGAUUCAGAGUGUAAGAAAAAAUUCCGAGCCAACCCAGUUCCAGAAUUUGUCUUUUUCCCCCUUUAUCAUGACAUAGUCAAGCAAAAUGAAGAACGAAGGAGGAUUAUGAAGGAGAAAAACAAAGAAGCACUUUUGGCCUCACAAAAGCCAUUUAAGUUUAUUGCACGGGAGGAACAAAAGCGAGCAAUCCGGGAAAAGCAGCUGAGAGACUUUAUUAAGUCUAAAAAGAAAACAAAUCGAUUUAAAGCCAGACCUAUACCUCGAUCUACUUAUGGUUCAACUACCAAUAACAGGUUAAAAGAAGAAGAGCUCUUUAGAAAUAUUAAGACACAGCUGAGAGCCCAAGAACUUUUACUGAAUUCAUCCCCUUCGCCUUAUAGUCCACCUCACAGAAGUUUUGCUGCAAGGAAGCCCAAGAAUCCCAAACAGGCUGAACAGUUGAAGUGUAAAUGCAAGUCUAGGAGCCCGAUUGCUGAUUUUGGAGAACCUCCUGAGAGAUAUCAGAAGCACCUCCCAGAACAGAAAAGUCCAAAAAUCCUUUUAGUUUACAAACCAUCUGAUCUUCAUGCAGCCUCACAUGCAUCCACUAAAAGAGAGAAAAAUUUGGCAGAUAAUAAAGCAGAGGAAGAAAAUUUGAAAGAAACACAUUGGGCUUAUCAGUCUCUAAGGCACAAGUCACCAGGAAGAAGUCCAAAUGCAAAGCGUGUGCCUUAUAACUGCAGCCCUCCAAUGCCCACAGUAUCUUCCAGAGGAAGAGAACAAGCCACCAGGAGAUCACUUGAGGAAAAGAAAAUGUUGGAAGAAGAGAGAACUCGGAUCCUAACUAAGCAGAAACAAAGAAUGAAAGAAUUGCAGAAACUCCUGACAACCCGGACUAAGGCUUAUGACUCACAUCAAAGUUUAGCUCAAAUAUCUAAAUCCAGAAUAAAAUCUCUCAGAAAGAAUGAAAAGGAAAGGAUGAGAGAAUACCGACGAGAACUAGAAGAAAUAGAAGAAAAAUUAAAACACAGGCCACUACUAUUUCAAAGAGUUGCUCAGAAAAAUGCAAGAAUGGCAGCAGAAAAGCAUUAUUCUAACACCCUAAAAGCACUAGGAAUAUCUGAUGAGUUUGUUUCAAAGAAAGGCCAAAGUGGAAAAAUAUUUGAGUCCUUCAGCAAUCAAGAGAUGAAAAGUUUCACUGAAGAUAAAGAAAGCUUUAAUGAAGAAGAAAAUAUAGAAGAAAGAGAGAAUGGGGAAGAAAAUUAUUUUACUGAAACCAACAGCCAGGAUUCUUGUAAGGAAAAUGAAGCCGAAGCCGAAGAAGAAAGUGGAGAAGAGAAAUCUGUUGAAGAAUAAAACAGAAUCAGCAGGGCCUCCUUUCUGUGCCUGUGCUGUUAUUUGCAGCAUCCGGUGUUAGCAGCUUUGCUUGUUUUGUUAGGAACAUGGAUGGGAAGGAACCCUUCUGAUCUGUGCAGGGCUCUUUAGCAAAGUUAUUUGUAGCCAAAAAGGCAAAUCCAGCUGAUUAGUCAUUUAGUCUGAGUACGGCUUUGCCUAUUCAGUUUUUUAAAUUGCUACAUGAGCUCUGUUUGCAACUUUGCUCUUACUUGUAUUUUUUAAAAGCAGUUGAGAAUCAACAGCUGUCACAAACUGAUUAGUUAUUAUGUCAUUAUUUUUUGGUAGAAAAAAAUGGUUUAGCAUUGAGAGCAGAGAAAAGUAUUGUCCUUUGGUGAUUUGUUUGAAAAAAAUUUUCUGGAAAGCAUGACUCAAUACAUAUUUUAAAAUUGUACUGUUUGCCCAUUCUUUUUCUCUGCAAUACAUCUCACAAAAUGAACCCUCACAGUUGUUUUACUAGUUAAGUUUAUCUGAACCAUUUUUAUUUUUAUUU